AUGUCCUCUGGCUCCUCCCACAUUCUCUCCCUCACCUGUUCUCUGGCUCCUCCCACAUUCUCUUACUCACCUGUCCUGACUCCUCCCACAUUCUCUCCCUCACCUAUCCUCUGGCUCCUCCCACAUUCUCUCCCUCACCUGUCCUCUGGCUCCUCCCACAUUCUCUCCCUCACCUGUCCUCUGGCUCCUCCCACAUUCUCUCCCUCACCUUCUCUCCAUCACCUGUCCUCUGGCUCCUCCCACACGUAUCCUCUGACUCCUCCCACAUUCUUUCCCUUACCUGUCCUCUGGCUCCUCCUACAUUCUCUCCCUCACCUGUCCUCUGGCUCCUCCCUCACCUGUCCUCUGGCCCCUCCCACAGUCUCUCCAUCACCUGUCCUCUGGCUCCUCCCACACGUAUCCUCUGACUCCUCCCACAUUCUUUCCCUUACCUGUCCUCUGGCCCCUCCCACAUUCUCUCCCUCACCUGUCCUCUGGCGCCUCCCACAUUCUCUCCCUCACCUGUCCUCUGGCCCCUCCCACAUUCUCUCCCUCACAUGUCCUCUGGCCCCUCCCACAUUCUCUCCCUCACCUAUCCUCUGGCCCCUCCCACAGUCUCUCCAUCAGCUGUCCUCCCACAUUCUCUCCCUCACCUGUUCUCUGGCUCCUCCCACAUUCUCUUACUCACCUGUCCUGACUCCUCCCACAUUCUCUCCCUCACCUGUCCUCUGGCUCCUCCUACAUUCUCUCCCUCACCUGUCCUCUGGCUCCUCCCUCACCUGUCCUGACUCCUCCCACAUUCUCUCCCUCACCUGUCCUCUGGCCCCUCCCACAGUCUCUCCAUCACCUGUCCUCUGGCUCCUCCCACACGUAUCCUCUGACUCCUCCCACAUUCUCUCCCUCACCUUUCCUCUGGCUCCUCCCACAUUCUCUCCCUCACCUGGCCUCUGGCCCCUCCCACAUUCUCUCCCUCACCUGUCCUCUGGCCCCUCCCACAUUCUCUCCCUCAACUGUCCUCUGGCCCCUCCCACAUUCUCUCCCUCACCUGUCCUCUGGCCCCUCCCACAGUCUCUCCAUCACCUGUCCUCUGGCUCCUCCCACACGUAUCCUCUGACUCCUCCCACAUUCUCUCCCUCACCUUUCCUCUGGCUCCUCCCACAUUCUCUCCCUCACCUGGCCUCUGGCCCCUCCCACAUUCUCUCCCUCACCUGUCCUCUGGCCCCUCCCACAUUCUCUCCCUCAACUUCUCUCCAUCACCUGUCCUCUGGCUCCUCCCACACGUAUCCUCUGACUCCUCCCACAUUUCUCUCCCUCACCUUUCCUCUGGCUCCUCCCACAUUCUCUCCCUCACCUGGCCUCUGGCCCCUCCCACAUUCUCUCCCUCACCUGUCCUCUGGCCCCUCCCACAUUUUCUCACUCACCUUUCCUCUGGCUCCUCCCACAUUCUCUCCCUCACCUAUCCUCUGGCUCCUCCCUCACCUGUCCUCUGGCCCCUCCCACAUUCUCUCCCUCAACUGUCCUCUGGCCCCUCCCACAUUCUCUCCCUCACCUAUCCUCUGGCCCCUCCCACAGUCUCCCCAUCAGCUGUCCUCUGGCCCCUCCCACAGUCUCCCCAUCAGCUGUCCUCUGGCCCCUCCCACAUUCUCUCCCUCACCUGUCCUCUGGCUCAUCCCACACCUGUCCUCUGGCUCAUCCCACACCUGUCCUCUGGCCCCUCCCACAUUCUUCCCCACACCUGUCCUCUGGCCCCUCCCACAGUCUCUCCCUCACCUGUCCUCUGGCCCCUCCCACAGUCUCUCCCACACCUGUCCUCUGGCCCCUCCCACAGUCUCUCCCACACCUGUCCUCUGGCCCCUCCCACAUUCUCUCCCUCACCUGUCCUCUGGCCCCUCCCACACCCAACAAUUGGACUUCCUGGUUGUGAUCGAUGACAUCAUGCUAGGGACCGAGCUGCUACUGCCCCAAGAACAAAAUGUUUGA